CUCGGCGCUCGGCUUGAUGCCUGCCUUGUUCGUGCUGCAGCGACCCCGCAAACAACAAAAUCGCUUUACUUCUGCGUCCAUGACAGUUUUGGGUUGCGCCAUUUUUCACUACUUGUGCUGCAUGGUUCAUAAUGAGUGAUUAUUCAGCGGUAGCUCCGCCACAAUCUUCAAAUAGUAACGUUGCCUUUGCCGAAGCAUUGCACCGUGCUCGUUUGAUUGCUGCUAAGAUCAACCCCGGCAGCGGAGAACACACAGGACAAAAAAGGCCUCUUGAGGACGGCCCAGGUUCAGGCAUGGACUGGACAGAAGAACCCGAAGCAAAGAAGCCGGCAGGCAACAUCAACGACUACUCGUCCUUGAGGCAACCACCAAACAUGGCAGGCACCCCAGGUAUGAGACCAGGAAUGGGAGGAGUCGUCACUGAAGACAUUAGGGUGCCUGACAAGAUGGUCGGCCUGAUAAUAGGACGUGGAGGCGAACAAAUAACAAGGCUGCAAAAUGAGGCAGGCUGCAAAAUCCAAAUGGCCUCGGACAGCCAUGGAAUGAAUGACAGAGUCUGCACUAUAACUGGCACCAGGGAUGCUAUAACCCGUGCUCGUGACAUGAUAAUGGGCAUAAUAAAUCAGAGAGGAACCAAAGAAGGUGAACUACCAGGAUUUGAUGCCUUCGAGAGCCGUGGAGGUGGGAGCAGUGGUAGUGGAGGAGAAGGACGUGGUGGAGGUGGCGGAGGACACAUGGGGGGUGGACAGAACUCGGUUGAAAUGAUGGUGCCCGGGAACAAAGUUGGUCUUGUUAUUGGCAAAGGAGGAGAGACUAUCAAGCAGUUGCAAGAGAAAUCUGGAGCUAAGUUGGUCAUCAUUCAGGACGGCCCUGAAACUGAGAUGGAAAAGGCUUUGAGAAUCACAGGCGAUCCACAGACCAUUGAAUACGCAAAGCAGCUAGUUUAUGAUCUUAUUUCGGACAAAGAACAACAGUUCAAUAGGGGAGGAGGAGGCGGAGGGGGUUUCCGUGGUGGACCCGGUGGCUUUGGUGGUGGCGGCGGAGGCGACCAAACAGAGGUGGCAGUUCCCAAAGCUGCUGUUGGUGUUGUCAUAGGCAAAGGUGGUGACAUGAUAAAGAAAAUCCAGAGCGAAACUGGAGCCAGGGUGCAGUUCCAUCAAGGCAGGGAAGACGGACCAGGCGACAGGCGUUGCAUUCUGUCUGGCUCUCCAAGUCAAGUUGCAGAGGCCAAACAGAGGAUAGAAGAAUUGAUUGACAGCGUCUCUCAGAGACGAGACAAUGAUGGGGGAAGGGGACGAGGCAAACCUGGUGGCAGGGAAAAUGGUGGCCCUGGGGACAGAAACGGUUUUGGCAACAAUUGGGACAGGAGAGGCGGUGGCCCGGGUCAAAUGGACAAACACGAAGUCACUCUGUCAGUUCCUGCCAACAAGUGUGGCAUCAUCAUCGGACGAGGAGGUGAAACCAUCAAGCAAAUUAACCACCAGACUGGAGCUCACUGCGAACUGGAUCGACGACCCCCACCCAAUCCUAACGAGAAGCUCUUCAUCGUCAAAGGAAGUGCUGAGCAGAUUGAGAGUGCAAAGCGCAUGAUGACAGACAAAAUUGGCAUUACCCCCACAGUCGUCAGCGGAAAUGCACCCCCAUCAACUUCCUAUCCAGUUGGAGGACAACAGCAGCAGUUUAACCAAGGAGGCUGGGGAGGUGGCUACCAGCAGUGGCAAAACAGUGGACAAGGCGACCCCAACAAUGGCAUCCAGGUAAACCCCCAGACUGGCCAGCCAGAUUACAGCAUGCAGUGGGCGGAAUACUACCGCUCUCUAGGCAUGGGUCGUGAGGCUGAAAUGAUCGAGCAGCAGGCUAAAGCUCAAAAGGAGGGACUUGUCUUCGACCAGGCUAUGCAGCCACCUGCCGCACAGGGCAUGCCCCCGCAGCAAGGAACUCCGCAGCCGGUGGCGGCCAACGGCCAGCCGGAUUACAGCCUGCAGUGGGCCGAGUAUUACAGGUCCAUCGGCAAAAUCAAGGAGGCUGAGGCUAUAGAAACUCAAAUGAAAGCUAAGGAGCAGGGAGGUCCCGGUCAGCAGCCAGGAGGUCCACCUGCUGGUGCGCCGGCCGGAGCGCAGAUGCCGGGCGGCCAGGCUUAUCAGUACAGCUACCCUAACUACUACGGAGGCCAAGGUCAACCUCCGUCGGGAAUGCCCAACCAGUCUUACGGUGGCUACCCAGCCUACGGAGGCUACGGGGGACAGCCCCAAGGACCAGAAAACUAAAA